CCGGCUUCCCAGUUUCCCCGCCGCCCCUGCGGGCUACGGGCAGGCAUCUCGCUCCCAUGAAGCCCUCCAAGGCAUCCCAGCGCUGUAGAGGCAUCCGGAGAAACGCCAGCCAGCGCUACCUCUACCAGGAAUCCCUGCUGCUCAGUAACUUGGAUGACAGCUUUAAUGCUGAUGAAACAGGGGACAGCAGUGACCCAGAACAAAUCUUCCAGAACAUACAGUUCCAGAAGGAUCUCAUGGCAAAUAUUCGCUGCAGACCCUGGACCAUGGGACAGAAGCUGAGGGCACUGAGACGAGCUAAGGAGAUUGUGCUGAAAUUUGAAGGGAGGCUGACCAGGACUCGAGGCUACCAAGCAGCAGGUGCAGAGCUGUGGCGGAAGUUGGCUCGUCUGGCCUGUAAUUCUGUGGUCAUCUUCAUCCCCUGGGAAAUGAGGAUAAAGAAAAUUGAGAGUCAUUUUGGGUCAGGUGUGGCCUCCUAUUUCAUAUUCCUGAGAUGGUUAUUUGGGAUUAAUAUUGUACUCACGAUUAUGACAGGUGCUUUCAUUGUCAUUCCAGAGCUAAUCGCAGGCCAGCCCUUCGGAAGCACAGCCAGGAAGACCAUCCCGCCAGAGCAGGCUGCGUCCGCCCACGACCUGGACACCGUCUGGUCCCUCGGGGGCUACCUCCAGUACUCUGUCCUCUUCUACGGCUACUACGGCAGGGAGAGGAGGAUCGGGCGAGCUGGUUACCGUCUGCCCCUGGCCUACUUCCUGGUGGGGAUGGCUGUGUUUGCUUACAGCUUUGUCAUUCUUUUAAAAAAGAUGGCGAAGAACUCCCGCACUAGCCUGGCCAGCGCUUCCAGUGAAAACUACACCUUCUGCUGGCGGGUGUUCUGCGCCUGGGACUACCUCAUCGGGAACCCAGAGGCCGCGGAGAGCAAGACAGCGGCCGUGGUCAACAGCAUCAGGGAGGCUAUCUUGGAAGAACAGGAAAAGAAGAAAAGAAAAAACCUGGCCGUGACCGUCUGCCUGAGGAUCAUCGCCAACAUCCUGGUGCUGCUCUCCCUGGCCGGGAGCAUCUAUCUCAUCUACUUCGUGGUGGAUCGGUCUCAGAAGCUAGAGCAGUCGAAGAAGGAGCUGACGUUGUGGGAAAAGAAUGAGGUGAGCGUGGUGGUGUCCCUUGUUACCAUGUUGGCUCCAUCUGCCUUUGACCUCAUUGCUGCCUUGGAGAUGUACCACCCCCGGACCACGCUGCGCUUCCAGCUGGCGAGGGUCCUCGUGCUCUAUCUGGGAAAUCUCUACAGCUUGAUCAUCGCCCUCCUGGACAAAGUAAACAGCAUGAGCACUCAGGAAGGAGUCUCAAAAAACAACACAAGUGCUUUGGUGGAUUCUGCCACCUUCUUUGCCACUGAGGCAGCCUCUGGAGAAGGGAGAUGGCCCACACCUGGGUCUGGAACAGGAAUAGCGAGAAAUGGCAGUCAGGCCUUGGAUGACACAAGGGUCGCUGCAUAUGCGGUGCCGCUCAGCAAGGUUAACAGGACCAUGCUCCACAACCAGAGUCUGCAAGGCCAGUGCUGGGAAACAUACGUGGGCCAGGAGAUGCUGAAGCUGUCCAUCAUAGACAUGCUCUUCACCGUAGCCAGCAUCCUGCUGAUAGACUUCUUCCGGGGACUUUUCGUUCGCUACUUAAGUGACUACUGGUGCUGGGACUUGGAAAGCAAGUUUCCUGAAUAUGGGGAAUUCAAAAUAGCUGAGAAUGUGCUACAUUUGGUCUACAACCAAGGAAUGAUUUGGAUGGGCGCCUUCUUCUCCCCCUGCCUGCCCGCGGUCAACGUCCUCAAGCUCAUCGGGCUCAUGUACCUGAGGAGCUGGGCGGUGCUCACCUGCAACGCGCCCCACCAGCAGGUGUUCCGUGCCUCCAGGUCCAACAACUUCUACCUGGCCAUGCUCCUGUUCAUGCUGUUCCUGUGCAUGCUCCCUACCAUCUUUGCUAUCGUGCGGUACAAGCCCUCCCUAAACUGUGGGCCCUUCAGCGGACAAGAGAAAAUCUAUGACAUCGUGUCAGAAACAAUUGCGAAUGACUUCCCCGGGUGGGUCAGUUCCGUGGUCGGGCACCUCAGCAGCCCUGUGGUCAUCCUGCCUGCUGUGCUACUGCUAUUCAUGCUCAUCUAUUACCUGCAGAGCAUCGCACGCUCCCUGAAGCUCAGCAACCAGCAGCUCAGAGUGCAGAUCCAAAACGCAAGAUCUGAAGAUAAGAAAAAGGUUGCCCAGUUGGUAGAAGCUCGAAUCCAGACUCAUGAGGAAAGCUCCAAGAGGCUUCCAAAAGAUGGAGACUUCACACACGUGGUGACAUCCCUGAACAAUGGCAGUGUGGCCAGCUUCGACUCCCUGAGCAUCGAGAGCAGCAGAAUAGAGACCACCACCGAGCCAGUGCCCCACAGCCCAGGGCUGGGCCUCAGGAAUCCCUGCUCACCUCUUCCUGGCAUCUCCAAGCCAAGGCCAGAGCACCAUACUGGCAGGUGUCCACAAGCUCCUUGGGCCAGCACAGGGGACCUUUGCCAGCACAGAGCCUGCACGUCCAUGACACUGCCAGAGCACACUGAGGAUGUGCGGUCAGAACCUCUUUUCCGAAAAGAUUUCUGGCCCAUGUACCCUCCUGUCCAUGGCCCAGGGGCCUCAGCCUUGGGAGCACAUCACAGACCCCACACCCCCAGGCACUAUCUCAUGAAGGAGCGUGAGGCCCACCAGAAACCCCAUCCAACUCCUGGGUUGGAAAGACAUUUCAAGAUGGAUGUACCCAGUGACAUGAUGGAGGUGUACUCCUGGUACGUUCCACAGCAUGUAGCUCGGGCACCCCCACAGCCUGGCUCUCCACAGAUGAGUGAAGAAGAGGAGGAGACCCCGAGGAGAGCUGGGCAGCGACAGUCACUUGCCCCUUGUUCCCUGAUGGACUUCCAUCAAGCCCCUCAUUUUUAUAUUGGUGAGAGGUCCAGAAGCCAAACCCGAAAUCCUGAGCCCUGGGGAAGGAGGCGCUGCAAGUCUGGAGGUGAUGGUUUUGAGAGUCAAGCUGCCAGGCCCACAUCUGUGCCCAAGAGACCCUGUUCCAGGAAUGGGCAUCACCCACAGCACCCUCUGCAGCCCUGGGCCCGGCCCAAGGUCGAUCCAUUCUUCACAGAUUCAGAUUCUGUAUCAGUGGUGUCCAGCAGUGACCAGCAGAACAGCAGCACUGACCAGUACCUGCAAGUCACCCGCCGCCAGGGCAGGCUUCUGAGGGCCGCAGGGCAAGCUGGCCGGAAGAAGGCCAGGUCCAGGCGGGCACUGCCCACUGAGCUGGAUGACCUUGUCUGUUCCAAGGUCUAG